AUGGGUCAAAGUUCCACAAAAAAGAAGGAGACCAAGCCAGAAGGCAAAGUUAUCGAAAGAGUGGAGAGAGUAGCAACUGGGACCACAGAGAGGCCUAACAUGAAUCAUCUGGCAACUGUAAGAGAGGAUUUUUAUUCUUAUAAAUCAAAUAAUGCGCAUCUGAAAAUAUCGUCAUCACCCCCACCAAAAGAAAUGAAUGCUAUUAAAUCACAAGAGAAUCCUUCUUGUACAUCGUGGGAAGGAGAACUCACAAACAAUGAAAUAGCACUACUACCAAAAAAACAAGCAACGGACGCUGAGAAUAUUUCUGAAUUAGAUCAUGAGGUAUAUCCAACAUCUAUAAGGAAAGAUACAAAAACUUGCUUGAAUCCUUCAAUUCCUGCAUUCCAAAAUUUUUCGAGAGGAGGUUUGAAAGUGACAGAUGUUGAGAACUACGAUGACAACCCCUGGAGAGAGGUCUCAAACUUACCAUCCCAUCAAUAUUACUUGCCUUCAAAUGGAAUCUCGAGAUUAAAAAAUGUUUCAUUGGUGGAUAAAAAAUAUGAAAGUGAACUUCCUGCAAAAUGUAGUCAAAAAAAUCCUGUCUUCAGUAUGCAAAAUGAUAGUGCCAUGCCAAGUUUAAGCUCCAAAUAUGUUAGAAAUUCAGAUUUUGGAGAAGUGAAGAAAGAAGAUCCCUCUAUGGAAAACCAAAGAGAAAUGAGUUUUAAAUCACCUAAACCUACAUCUCAGACAAUCUUUGUGCAGAAUACAUAUGGUCAAAAAUGCCAUACGGAAGAUGUUUUAGGUAAAUCUGACGUGCAUAAAGAAAGAAAUGAGCUGGAAAAUACAUCAUCCAUUCAACCUGGAGGCACAAAAACAAUAGUUGCUUUUAAUGACAUUAAGGAAAAUAAAGGCCUAAAACCAAAUGAAAAUGGUACAUUUACCACAUUGUCUGACAAUGCAACCGAUAUUCCUCAUUUUCCACUGUCUAGUUUGAAAAGGAAACCACUAGCCCCUCGUACUUGGGAAGUAAAAUUAGAGAGUGAUAUGAAAGAGCAAAACCUAUUGAAUCAAAAUGAGAACCUGGAGCUAAGCAAAAACAGUAUCUCUUCUGACCCAUUUGAAGUCUCACAAAAUGAUGGGAGGCAAAAGAGUGCAAUAGAUAAAAUCGUUCAACAAGCAGAUAUAAACUAUUCAGAAGAAUCAAACCAAAGCAGUGACAAUUCUGGAUAUUACACGAAGACCAAGGCAUUGCCUAGUGGAAGCAGUAAAGCAAAUAAAAGAAUAUUCAUGUUUCGAGAUAUGAAGGAAGAAGAGGAACAGUCUAUUGAAAACCAAACAAAAAAAAGUCCUCAGCAAUUCAGAAAGAACUUUCAAACAAACCAUAGAGAAGAUGUAUGUGUUGAAAAUUGUAGUGGAAAAGUAGAUUCAGAGAUCGAAAAAUGGCAUGCUUGUACGAAAGUUGAAAAUACAGAAGAAAAAGCAGAUUUGAUUCAAAAUGAACACACCAAAAACCCAAUUGCUACAAUGGGGGGAAAUCUGAAGCAAAAUGUGAAGCAGUCUAAAGAGAGUAAUCCAUCAAAAACUCAAGAACAAUGUAACAGUGCAUGUAAAACUAACGAGUUCUCUAAGUUGAAAACAGAUCAAUUGAUCCAACGGAGUGAGGAAACAAAAAUUAAAACUUUAAGAGGAAUUCAAAGUCUCUGUGAAUCAAAAGUCAAUUUAACAAAUGGUAAAUACAGGGUUUCUAGUGUUUCACAAGAUGAAUAUAAAUUAAAAACCAUGCAAUUUCCUGGAGAGAGGGCUGUAACAUGUUCUCAUACUAUGAGAAAAGAGUCAAAAGACAGCAGUAAAUAUUCUGCACACAACAGUUUUCAACAGGAUGAAAAAAUGAAGGUUUCUGCUGGAGAAAAUAAAGAUAUAGACAAGAAAUGCAAAAAGGCAGAAAUAAAUGGAGAAGAAAAAUCACACUUAAGAAAGAGUGAUGACAAACCAGGAAAAUCGCUGAUAAAUGUGGCACAUCCAGAUUGUGGUCAGAGUUGUGAUGGUGCUUCAAAAAUAAGUGGAAACACUGCUGUGGUGAAAAUACCAACUCAGAAGGAAAAAAAUAUCAUUCAGGAUAAAGGCAAAAUUAAAACGAAUGUUGAUUCUGGAAAUCGAAUGGAAACAAAAGUCAAACAACAUGGUGAGAAAAACACAAGCAAAUCUAUCAUUUCUUGCAAAACUGCAUCCACAGGUUGUGUAUUUGAACAUAACUCUGAUCUGAGGCCAAAUCAACCAACCCAUCGUAAAGAGGAUACAAAUAAAAAAUGUAAAACAAAAAUGGAAACCUCCGGUGAACAAAAAGAAAGUAUAAAAGGAAAUGGGCAUACAAUGUCUGCAAGACGAAAGGAUAUUCCAGCACAUAAAAAGGAGUCAAAACAAAAACAGGUUUCUGCCACAAAAAUUGACCAGCGUCCAAAUUCUAUUUUGUUGAAAGAAAAAGAACCAAGACUAGGCAAUGAUAGUGUUGGAUAUGACAGCUUCCAGAAAGCUGGAAUAAUCGAUAAUACUUGCAAUGAAAUUAAAGAAAAUGACACCAAACAUAAUGACAGCAGGGGAGAAGAAUGUACAGAUAAAAAAAUGCAAAUAAUCGUUAAUCCACCAAAAGGGAAUGCUCAGGCAAAUGUAGAUCAAGUUGUAUACAAUCGAUAUUAUGACGAGGAGGUAUCAAAAAUUAAUGGAAGUCCAACUUCUGCAAAAUAUCAAGUAUCAUCUAAAAAAGCGGCCGUUGUUCAACAUGUCAGCACAAAAAGAAUAGCACCUAAUAUUGAAGAGAUAAAGGAAACUAAAUCGAAACAGCUCGAAAAGAGAAAAGGGGCAUCUAAAGGCACAUUAACUUCCAACAGUGCCAAUGAUGAACAGAAGACCAAAUUUUCGAAUUUGGAAACGAAAGAAUAUGGCCGACGUAUUGACGAAACAGGUGCAAAAUCUGAAAUGACAAUAAAAAGGCCUUGUAUGCAAAAUACAAUUUUGAAAGCAAAAGUUGAAGAAAUAUCACAGCGAUUGAAUUUUUCAGAGAAUAUGGCAAAGCAGAAGCGAAUUUCAAAACAGAGCACUGAAUCUUUGAAAGAUGGUGUUUUGAUUGAAGAGUCAAAGAGAGACAAUAUGUAUAAACUUGUGGACGAACCUGAGGCACAUGGAAGAGUAAAAGAAGAUAAAGAGAGGGACAAUACAACUGGAGACACGGAUAAAUACGGAGGAUGUAAGGGGGGAAAGUGUAGUUUAACACCAAGAGAAAAAUUAUCUGUACAUCUUGCACAUAGUAAUUUUGGUCAGAAUUGCAACAAGGACGCUCUGAAUCGCAUUUUGAUAAUUUCUAAGAAAUUAGAAGUUGAAAAUGAUUUAUGGUCACAUCUCAUUGGUAUUGUGUCAGAUGUUAAAUUUCGGGUUAAAACUUUUGAAACCAAUUCCAUAAACAAGACAACGACUGUUGUUAUUGAUUUUAAAACCGAUGCAGAUGCAAUGACAUUUGAAAGAUGCUUGAAAGAAAAUGAUAAAAAAUUGGGUUUUGAUUACCAAUUUAAGAAAGAAACUCCUGAAGAAGAGAAGCCAAAGACGAUGGUAAUGGACAUUAACAAGAAAUUGCAAAACAUGAGAGAAAAGAUUGUAAAAGUAUUGAAAAGUCACCAAGAAAAAAUCAAAAAGUUUGAGAAAGAAACGCAAAACUUAAACAAGGUCUCUACAUCUUCAAGGAAGAAGAAAAAAUUCAUUGAUUUAUCUCUUCAUGAACAAAGAGAAGCACAAAGAAAAGCGUUAAAUGAUAAAAGCAGAGAGCUGAAUCAACAGCAAAGUGAAUUUCAGUCAUGUUUGUCAAAAGUUAUACAGAAAAUAGAGUCCUUUGAAGCACAACACGUUGAGCAGAAGGAAAUCGAUAACUUAAUGAAGAGAUUCGAAAUUGAAUGCACAAGACUAGAACAGGCAUUGCAUAUUUAUGCAAAGAGAACCAAAAUUGUCAACACAAUUCUUGAAAACCAGGUAUCUAUCAUUCUGGGAGAAACUGGAUCUGGAAAAAGUACUCAAAUAACCCAGUACAUAUUUGAGUCAGAAUUAAGUUCCCUUGGAAAAAUCAUUUGUACACAGCCACGAAAAGUAGCAGCAAUAAGCCUUGCUGAAAGAGUGGCAUUCGAGUUGAAGACAAAAGUGGGCCACCUUGUGGGUUAUCAAGCUGGAAUGAAAUCAAAGCUGAGCAAUCAGUCUAAAAUGUUGUACAUGACUGACCACAUGCUUUUGAAUGAGUGUCUCAAAGAUCCCUUGCUAAUGGAUUUCUCCUGUGUUGUGAUUGAUGAAGCUCACGAAAGGAGUGUUUAUACUGAUCUCUUGCUGGGAAUGAUAAAAAAGUGUUUACCACAGCGACCAGAACUUCGUGUUGUAGUCACUUCUGCAACAAUAGAUCCAGAUGUGUUUGUGCAGUAUUUUGGUGGACCUGAUAUUUGUCCGGUCUUAAGAGUUUCUGGAAGAAUGUUUCCUGUUGAUAUUGAAUGGUUAUCCAUGUCAACUGAUGCUGAUGUGGCUGAUAACUAUGAAAUUAGAGCUAUCGAAAAAGCAGCAGAAAUCCACAGAACAGAACCGCCUGGUGAUAUUUUAGUCUUUUUAACAUCCCAAGUCGAAAUUGAGCAGUGUGCGGAAAAAAUAAAUGUUUUAUUAAGAGGAAAAAAAGAUCAUUGGAUUUUACCUUUACAUGGUAAACUUCAUACUGAAGAACAGAAUUUGGUAUUUAGGGAAUCUCCUAAGGGAAAAAGAAAAAUUGUGCUUGCUACAAAUGUAGCUGAAACAUCAGUGACAAUACCUGGUGUAAAAUAUGUAGUUGAUACCGGAGCUGUUAAAGAGUUAUCGUAUGACCCAAGGAAGAAAAUAAGUGCACUGCGUGUUGUGAAAGUUACCAAAAGUUCUGCUGACCAGAGGAAAGGAAGGGCUGGAAGAACCGGGCCUGGUAAAUGUUAUAGACUUUAUUCUAAGGAAGAUUACAACAACAUGUAUCCAACAUCUAUACCAGAAAUCCUAAAGAUACACUUGGGUCAUGCUAUUCUUAAGCUUUUACAACUGGAUGUUGAUCCAUUAGAAUUUGACUUUGUACAAGCUCCAGAGAAAGUUUCAAUGGAAAACGCUUUCCAACACCUUAAUAAACUUGGAGCUAUCGAAAAUGGAAAAAUAUCCCCUUUAGGAAGGUGGAUUGCAAAACUUCCAUUUGAACCAAGUCUAGGGGUUCUUGUGCAUGACGCCAUAGAUCGCAAUGUUGGCUUGGAGGGAAUCAUUAUAGCAGCCUCCUGCACAGUGCCAGGAUCUUUGUUUUAUCGAGGGGGCACAGCGUCACAGAAAGAAUUAUCAGACAAGCUGAAAAUCCAAUUUUGUCAUAAGUAUGGAGACCACUUUACAAACCUUAGUGUUUUCAAAGAAUGGCACAGAGUUCCCGCAAGGCAGAGAGGUAAAUGGUGCAGAGAUAAUUCAAUUAAUGGAAAAGCUAUGAGAAACAUUGAUGAUGCCACAGAGGAACUUUUAUAUACUCUUAAGAGAGACCUUUCCAUUAACAUAGAACAUAAAUUUACAGAUGCUGCAGAUGGGGAUAGAAUUUUGCAGAAACUAUUGUUUAAAUCAUUCCAAUGCAACGUUUGCUAUUUUCUUGGGCAUGAAAAAGCUGGCUACUUCUUUAUAGACAAAGGACAACAGGUAAUUGUACAUCCAUCAUCUGCAUUUCAGUCUCUUGCUUCUUACCCUAACUGGGUUAUUGUCGAGAGAGUGAUGCAAACCUCACGUGAUUUUGCCCUAAAUAUUACAGCUGUAGCGGAUGAAGAUGUUGAGGAAGCACUGGAAGAUGGUUCUCUGGACUUUGACAUUGGUGACGUAGAAAGGCGAAAGGUUACACAAGUGUUAACGGAAUAUGUUGGUGUUCAAGUUCAUAGAGAAUUUGUUGGUCCAAGAUACAGCAAAGUAAAAGCAAUGCAAGAAAAUCUAGCGUUGAAAUGCAAGGAUUCUGUGUUUGUGGUUGAUGCAAAUCGUGAUAGGGGAGAGAUUUCAAUUUAUGCGCCAAUCGAUGACCAAGAUAUUUCCUUUCAGACCUUGCAAUCAGCAAUUAAUCCUAUCAGAGAAAAAGUAAGGAAUGAAACAGUCGAACAUCCAUUGCUUCCAGAGUUUCAAAGUGUAAGGAUCUCCAUUGGAGCAGGGGGGCAAAUCCAUGACCUGUUAUAUCAGGAUGAAUACAAAAAUGUGUUUAUAUUUGGUGAUGCAGAAGCCUUCAAUUCUGACGACGAAAUGGUGCACUGGUUCGAAAACUUUGGAUCCAUCCGAUCAUUCAUACCUAAAUCUCCAAACAACAAUAAUCCCAAAUAUCUUGGCCAGAUCGUAUAUGAAAAAUCAGAAUUCGCUAAAACUGCAGUGAUGGCAACACGUAAAAGAACAUUUGAAAUUUCUGCAAAACCACCAAAAGGGAUUGGGAAAAGUGAGGAAGCUGAUCUACUCAAGGCAAGGCUAACUUGGCGUAGAAGAAAGUCAAAAGGAUAUGGGUUUGUUGAAAUACAUCACAGAGACAAAAUGGACGAGGUUAUAAGAUCAAAAUUGUUCAACAAUCUUUUAGUUGGAGGGAAACGAGUAAAGGUAAUGCGAAGUAAAAAUAAUCCAGAUAAAGAAUUGCAUGUAGCAGGCUUAGGUGAACUUGUUGAUGAAGAUGUUUUGCGUGAAAGUUUUCUGAAUACCUUUGACAUUUCAGAAAAUGACAUUGUAAAAAUUGUUGUUAUACGGGAAAGAGUAAAUACAACACCAGAAAUGUUGUACAGUCUGAAAACCAGACUAGAGAGUCAGUUUACACAGGAAACUGAUAUUGAGAAAAAUAGCUUUACUGUUACUGUCAUUGAGCCCCACCCUGCUGCUUACACUUACGAGGCUUUUGUGACAUUCAAAAACCCAGAGGAAGGAUUUGAGGCAUGUUCAAGGCUACACAAUAGAAUAUCCAUUGGAAAUGAUCCAGUCACUAUCACACCAGAAAUUCAUACUCGAAUCUUCGUUUUAGCACCAGUCUACAAACGAGUGGAGGAAAAUCUUGAAAAAUACCGUAAAAAAAUACAGAAUGAAGACAGUGGACGGCAACUUACUGUAACUGUACUCAAAAACGGAAACUAUAUGAUAGAUAUUGAUGCAGAUUGCAUUGAAAGUAUGGUGCACACAAGAAAUAAAGUACAGAGAAUGCUUCAAGGAGAGACGAUUGACUUGGAAAAAAUACCAGCACUUCGGUAUCUGUUCACCUCGGACGGUCAAGAAAAGGUCGAAAAAGUUAUGAGAAAGACCAGUACACUUAUUUUGUUAGAUCAUAGAAAUACAUCCGUUUCUGUGCAUGGUCAAAGUGAAAACCGAAGAAUAGCUAUAGAAAAGGUAAGAAAGUAUGUUGAAAAAAUGUCUUCGUCAAAGUUUCGUGUAAUUGAUUUAAAAGGGGAAUCCAAACCACCAGGUUUGAUGAAGACAGUUGUAUUGAUGCACAGUGUAGACCUUAGUGGCCUGAAGAAGGAGUCCGGUUUGUCAACGGUGGAGCUUGAUCACAAGAAUCAUAGAAUAAAAAUGUUAGGAUCAGAUGAAGCAGUUGACAAGGCUGUCCAAAGCAUUGAAGAAAUUACUGAGCGUUUGCGAAAAAAUACUGCAACUUUAGUAAGUGAUCAACCGGAAUGCGGUAUAUGUUUAUGCGAAAUAGCCGACAGCGAAAUAUACAGACUGGAAUCAUGCGGACAUCCGUACUGCGGAGAUUGUAUAAAAAUGCACAUAGAAUCUGCGAUCCGAAGCAAAGAAUUUCCACUCAAAUGUGUUCAUAUUGACUGCGGUAUGCUUUGGGCAUGGAAAGAUUUUGUGAAUAUGACAAAACAUGGAUUCUGUCGUUUUCAAAAUAUCCUGAAUUCGUCUGUGUCCAGUUUUGUUACAGAAAACAAAGACAAAGUUCGAUACUGCAUAACUCCAGACUGUCCAAUGGUAUACAAAGUCAGUAAAGUGGGUGGGAGAAUAGUUUGCUGUGUAUGUAGAACUAGUAUGUGCAACAAAUGCCACGUUGAAUAUCAUAGCGGAAUAUCGUGUGCCAUGUACCAGAUGGAAAACGGAAAUGAUGAGUCAAGACUUGGAGAAUGGAUGCGACGAGACCCAAAGAACAGGAAGUUAUGUCCAGUCUGUUUCGCUGGAAUUGAGAAAAAUGGUGGAUGUCAGUACAUGCAGUGUCGCGAUUGCAAAAGCCAUACUUGCUGGAGAUGUAUGAAGAAUUUUAAAACAAGCGAAGAGUGUUACGGCCAUAUGCGCAAAGAGCAUGGAAGUUUUAACUAAAGUUGAAAAUAAUUAAUAAAAACGUGAUAAUUUA